AUGUCCUGUAAUACUCCAUUGGUGUCCAUUGGUCUCACUGUUGCUGGUGGCCAUGGAGAAGGCCUAGCACUUAAUCAACUCUCAGUUCCAGUUAGUGUCUUCGUGGACGAAGAUCAGACUGUCUAUAUUGCUGAUUUCGGGAACCAUCGUAUUGUAGCAUGGAAGCAUAAUGCUGCAAGUGGUCAAGUAGUAGCCGGUGGAAAUGGAAAAGGGAACGAAAAUAAUCAAUUUAGUAAUCCAACAGAUGUGAUUGUCGACAAGGAGACAGACACGCUCCUCAUUUGUGAUCCUAAUAAUUGUCGAGUGAUGCGAUGGCCUCGUCACAAUGGUACCAGUGGAGAAGUAAUCCUCGAAAAGAUCGCUUGUUGCAGAUUAGCAAUGGAUAAGCAAAGAUUUCUCUAUGUUUCUGACUUGGAAAAGAAUGAAGUACGGCGUUACCGAAUAGGAGAAACAAAUGGAACUGUAGUGGCUGGUGGUAAUGGUGUCGGUGAUCGUCUGAAUCAAUUCAAUGGACCUGGGUACCUCUUUGUGGACAGCGAGCAAUCUGUGUAUGUAUCGGACAGUCGGAACCAACGCGUGAUGAAAUGGGAAACGGAUGCGAAAGAAGGUAUUGUCGCUGCUGGGAGUCACGGUCAAGGCAAUGGUUUGUCACAACUGUACAAUCCUCAAGGAGUUGUCGUCGAUUCAUCCGGAACUGUCUAUGUAGCAGACGUAUAUAACCAUCGAGUUAUGUGCUGGCCGAAAGAAGCGACACAAGGAACUGUCCUUAUUGGUGGAAAUGAGCUAGGAGAAGGAGCAAAUCAAUUGAACAGUCCUAUAGAUCUAUUCAUCGAUCGGCAUGGCUAUCUCUAUGUCGUCGAUCACUGGAAUCAUCGCAUACAACGUUUCUCCCUUGCAGGACUAAACAAGUGA